AUGGCCAACGUUAUAGCCAACUCAGGCCACGAUGACAUGAUACAUGAUGCUGUUCUGGACUAUUACGGCCGACGAUUAGCGACUUGUUCGUCAGACAAGACAAUCAAGAUCUUCGAGGUCGAAGGCGACAAGCACACGUUGGUAGAGACGCUCAGAGGACACGAAGGUGCUGUAUGGAGUGUCGCAUGGGCACACCCCAAGUACGGCAACAUCCUCGCCUCCUCCUCAUACGACGGCAAGGUCCUCAUCUGGCGCGAGCAGUCCAACAGCUGGCAGAAGAUCUACGAGGUCGCUCUUCACACGGCCUCGGUCAACCUUGUCGCAUGGGCACCCCACGAGGCAGGCUGCCUACUCGCAUGUGCUUCCACCGACGGCAACGUCUCCGUACUCGAAUUCAAGGAUAACAACUGGACACAUCAGCUUUUCCAGGCUCAUGGAAGUGGUGUCAACAGCGUAUCAUGGGCUCCUGCUAUUGCGCCUGGACAAGCCGUCAGUGCUGGCGGCAACCAAGUGGCUGCCAGGCGGCUGGUAACUGGUGGAAGUGACUGCCAGGUCAAGAUUUGGGAAUUCAGUCCCGACAGCGGCAGCUGGCAAAACCUGCAGAUACUCCCUGGCGGUCACCUGGACUGGGUGCGCGACGUAGCCUGGUCACCCACUGUUCUGUCAAAGUCAUACAUUGCCUCUGCCUCUCAGGAUAAAACUGUCGUCAUCUGGACCUCUUCGGAUUUGCGAGGCGAGUGGAAGCGCACUAAGCUGGAUGUUGAUGCCGCCGCCUGGCGCGUCAGCUGGAGCUUGAGUGGCAACGCAUUGGCCGUGAGCACUGGCGACAACAGGGUCAGUCUCUGGAAGGAACGGCUCAGUGGUGGAUGGGAGUGCGUCAAGACAAUUGAGGAGUGA